UAUAAUCGUGGUGCGCGACUGUUGCGGUUGUCCAUUCCCGCUCGGACAUCCACGCCGGCGGGACGUUCGCGAACCAUAGACAACUUUAUAAACCACGUAACUUAUAUGAACCAUAGCCAAGUUACUUGGAGUCAGCUUGGUUGGGGUAAUUGAGGGGUAGUCUGUGUAGUCGGUGUUAUUAGUGCAAUGGAAGGCGAGUGCGUGGGUGGGUUCGGUCGCUGGCAGGUGAGAUUGGCGACGCUUCUGGCGCUGCCGGUGCUGCUGACAGGACUCUACGGGACUAACUACGUCUUCUUGGCCGCCAACACACCCUAUAGAUGCCACAUAUCAGAAUGCGAAGACAACGGUACGCUGGAGGCGGUGUCUCCCAGCAGCUGGUCUCCUGACUGGGCAAAUUUCGCGCUGCCGGCUGACGACGCUUGCUCGCGCCACCCUGCGGUCUCCGAUGCCUGCGACCAGGAUUCUUUUGACAACACGUCCAGUGUAAUGUGCGACAGCUUCGUCUAUUUGGAGCACAGAAGUAUAGUUGCUGAGUUUAACUUGGCGUGCCAGGAAGGCAAGCGCGCGCUGGUGGGCACGGUGCAUAAUGUUGGCAUGCUGGUUUCACUGCCGAUCAUGGGCUACAUCUCCGACAAGUGGGGCCGUCGGGCAGCACUAGUAGUGAGCGGCACGGGCGCAGGUCUCCUCGGUCUGUGCAAAUCUUUCGCCGGUUCGUACACUGCAUACAUUUUGGCCGAGUUCCUGGAGACAGUGCUGGGUGCCAGCGUCUAUCCUGCUGCCUUCGUACUCAUGAUCGAGUGGCUGGGAGUAGAACAGCGUAUUUUAGCGAGUCUUCUUCUCGGUAUACCGUUGUCAGCCGGUGCGGCGACCCUGGCUCUGCUGGACUACUUGACCGGCUACUGGAGGCUGUGGGCGCGAGUGGCGUAUCCUCCGUCCUUCCUUCUUCUCCUGUACCCUUGGCUACUGCCGGAGAGCGUUCGAUGGCUGGUCGCCAACAACAAGCUGCCCCAAGCGGCCAGGGUCAUCAAGCAGGCCGCGAGGUGGAACAGGGUGGCCUUGCCCGAGGACGCCAUCGACAAGAUGCUCGCUACACAGACCGAGCCGGUCGUGGACAAGACCGAGGUUGAAGACGACGAAGAAGAAAGCUUAUUUAGAGCUUUUAUUAAAUACGGCGAGCUGCGUCGUCGGCUGCUGACGUGCUUCGUGUGGUGGUCGUCUGCGGUGUUCGUGUUCUACGGUCUGGCUGUGCGCGCGCACGCGCUGGCGGGCAGCCCGCACGGCAACUACGCGCUGCUGGCGGCCGCCGAGCUGCCCGCGCUGCUGCUCAACACGCUGCUGCUGGACCGCGCCGGCCGCCGCCCGCUGCUCACCGCCGCCCUCCUCCUCACUGCGCUCGCCCUUAUCGCCAUACCGCUGCUGCCUGACUCGGAGGGCGUGUACGGCACGGCGCUGUUCCUGGUGGGCAAGGUAGGGGCGACGAUGGCGCUGAACGCGCUGUACGUGUACACGGCGGAACUGUUCCCGACGCGCGCCCGCCAGCGCCUGCUCGCCGCCUGCUCCACCUGCGGCCGCCUCGGCGCCAUCCUCGCGCCUCUCACGCCGCUGCUGGCUGCAUACGGCACGUGGGUGCCGCCGACGCUGCUGGGCGUGCUGCCGCUGGCGAGCGCGGCGCUGACGCGACUGGUGCCGGAGACGCUCGGCCGCCGACUGCCGGACCGCUUCCGCGACCUGCAGCUGCCGCAGGACUCCAUCGCGUGACUCCCCCCUCCCCGCCCCUGAUCUCACUACACACGUAGCAUAGACUUACCAUUAUACUUAGCUUAUAAAUUAAAAUGUACGGUCAUAAUGAAGGUAACUGGUAUACUAUCAGUAGUCUCUUAGUGUAGAUUUCUCUUUUAAAUCUACACUAAGCAGCCUCUUUGGUGAUCAAGUAACCGCUCAGUGUGCGGUAACAACAGAUAUUUUACCUGCGUCAUGACUGCGAAUAUAAUAAUUGUAAUUCCUAAUAACUUAGUUUACUCAAUUACCUUAACGUUGCUAAGUACAAACAUAAGUUUAGUUAAAGAUUUAAUACUUAGUUAAGUAUUCUCGAAUUGUGUUUUAACCGAUUUCAAAAUGAGGUUAUCGAUUUGUCUGUAUUUUUUUAUAUUUUAAGUAAGUUACUAAAGUUUUAAGAUUUUUCAUAUAUUCGUGAGUCUGUAAUUUCACAGAUUCACAGAGAUUUGUUGCAUUAAAACAGCAAAUUCAUAUAUUUCAAGCAAAUAAAAUAUAACAAAGUUUGUUGAUAAAUAUUGUUGGUGCUGAUAUUGUUAAGAAGACUCGUGCCUUUUUCAUGGACAAAAAUAUUAAAAGAAUCUAGUUGUAUAUAUUAAUCUCAAAGAGAUUUUAUAUAAUUUUUUUUUUAAUUUAUAUACUUUUUCUAAACAAAGAGUUUGUAUACCUCUCUAAAUUGUAUUAUAUCUAAUGUAAGUUUUUAAAAGAUAAACAUAAUAGUGAAAGACAUCUUAAGGAUAAAAAAUAUAAGCAAACAUCUC